AUGCAAUCAGCACUUAAGCCAGUCAUUGGCCCUAAAAAAGAGAACAGUGACUUUACGGGCCGGGUCGCUAUUGUAUUAGGCGGAGCACUAGGUAGCUAUGAAAUAUCUCGGGCGUUUGUAUUGAAUGGCGCCCGUGUGAUCAUGGUCAAUCGAAAAGGGGACCAAGGUGAUGAAGCAAUUAAGGCCAUUAAAAAAGAAGCGGGCAAUGAUGCGGAUAUUGAAUGGAUCCCAUGCGACAUGGGAGACUUGAAGCAGACCAAGGAAAUUUUCACAAAGCUACUAAACUGGCUGGGCCAGUUUUAUGUCUGCAACCUGCUUUGCCCACUGAUUCAUAAAACAUCCAAGUUCCCUGACACACCUGCCCCCCGGAUUGUAUUCGAAUCAUCCGAGCAGCAUUGUGCCGCACCAAAAGAAGUUCACUUUGCCUCAAUUGAUGAAAUUAAUAACGACAAAAUUGAUCCUACUCAACUGUACGGCAGAUCCAAACUUGCAAUCAUCCUAGGGGUCAAGUACGGUCUUGUAGAUCGCGUUAUCAAACCGAACAAGGACAAUAUCUACGCGCUCUCGGUGCAUCCAGGUGCUGUCAAUACCGCCAUGCAGCAUCAAUGGAAGGACGCUUACCCGGAUCUGACGGGAAAGCUUAUCACGGCAGCUAUGCUUGCAGUGGGGCGUGAUGUUGAACAAGGCUCAUUCAGCGCUUUGUGGGCCGCAACGAGUCCAGAGAUUGAAAAUAAAAGAUUGAAUGGAUACUAUUUUACAGACCCUGGCAAACAGGGCAAGGAAUCUGCUCAAGCUUCUGAUUCUACUCUAGGAGCCGCUCUUUGGGAUUUGAGUGAACGACUUAUUAAGGAGAAGUUUGGAGACGACGCAAUUGCUGACUGGAGCGCAAGUAUAUAA